CACAAAUGUGCGCCUUUCCCCGCCUCCUUUUCGUUCCUGAAAGUGACGUCACCAGGAAGUGCGCCGUGCUUUGGAAAUCAAGGCGCCAGCUUUCGAACACAAUAACCACACAAUAACUUGGUUAAAGCAUCGAGUUAGCUGUUCGAUGGUGUGUCAGCGUCCCGCCAGUCUCAUCACUACUUCAUCAGAGCCAAAGUGAUGCCAGCUGCGGAGUCGGUCCGGCUGGGUCGCAAACGCGCUGUGCCCGCCUGCCCGAACCCGCUGUUCCUCAAGUGGCUCACGGAGCUCCGGGACGAGGCCAAGGAGAAGGGACUGAAGACCCAGUACACGUACCAGAAGGCCAUCGGCUCUCUGAACAAGUAUCCGUUACCCCUUCAAAACGCCAAAGAGGCAAAGAUCCUCCAGAACUUUGGAGACGGCAUCUGUAAAAUACUGGAUGAAAAGCUGCAACGGUACCUCAGGGAAAACGGUCCAGACGCUCCUACUCGAUCUCUACCUGAAGGAGCGCCCCCUCCUGGUGGGCAGGACAACAACAGACUGGCUCCGUCCAGAAAGAAGAAUGCUGCAGGGGAUCAAGAAGGAGAAGGAGGAGGGAGGAGGAAGAAGAGGGACUACGUGCCCCAGAAGAGGUCCGGCGGUUAUGCUGUUCUGCUCACCUUGUACAGACAGAUGCAGGUCCCAGGAAGCAAAGGUUAUAUGUUUAAGAUGGAGCUGCAAGCAGAAGCUCAGCUUCUCUGCGACAAGUCUUUCUCUGUACCAGAUUUAGGCAGUAAGUACACGGCCUGGUCUUCAGUGAGCACUCUGAUCCGGAAGAACUUUGUCAUAAAGACCCACAAUCCUGCGAGGUAUUCUCUGACUGAAGACGGUCUGGCUCUGGCGGAGCGACUGGAGUCCGUAGAACACGACCCCAAAGACGUCCCCCGGGGGGACGGAGGGGAGGCUACGGGUGAAGAAUGGCUGGACGAGGAGGAGGAGGAGGAGCAGCGAGCUCCUGGGCUUGUGGACCUCACUGCCAGUGAUGAUGACGAAGAAGAGGAGAAGGAAGAAGACGGGAUACAGCCGGCGUGCGCGACCCAGCAGAGGAGUGACGCCGGUGGGACGCGUCUUUUGGGGAAAGUCCAGAAUCCUCAGGCAGCGAGCAAGAAGCCCAACGAAGGGUGUCUUCCGCCUGGAUCCUAUGAAAUUAUUCUCUGCGUUGACUUCAUUGAGACGACCGGCGGGAGCAACCACCGCAAGCAGGAGCUGGUCAAAGAGCUUCAGAGGAACGGGGUGAACUUCGACGUUAGGAAGCUAAAUGUCGGAGACUUCCUCUGGGUCGCUCGGGAGAAGGUGGCGCCCGUUCCAGGGCAGCUGCGCGCUCCCCCCGCCAGGGAGCUCGUCCUCGAUUACAUCAUCGAGAGGAAGAGGAUGGACGACCUGUGCGGCAGCAUCAUCGACGGGCGCUUUAGGGAACAGAAGUUUCGGAUGAAGAGGUGUGGUCUUCGUCGGCCGUGCUACCUGGUGGAGGAGUGCGGGUCGGCCGCCUCCCACCUGAGCUUACCUGAGACCACGCUGCAGCAGGCCAUAGUCAACACGCAGGUAGUCGAUGGCUUCUUUGUGAAGAGAGUGCAGGAUGUGAGGGAGUCGGCCGCCUACCUCACCGUCAUGACACGAUACCUGAUCAGACUUUACCAGGACCGUGCGCUCAUCUGUCGCUCCAGAGAGCUGGAGGGGGACGGGGGAGGUGGUGAGGAGGAGCGAGGGACCCCCUCCUGCUCCCUCAUUUCCUUCGCGGAGUUCAACUACGGCGCCAUUAAAAACAAGUGUCAGACGGUGAGAGAAGUGUUUGCCAGACAGUUGAUGCAGGUGAGCGGUUUGUCCGGAGACAAAGCAGCCGCCAUCCUGGAGCAGUACAGCACGCCACACAGCCUUCUUACGGCUUAUGAACGAUGCGCAAGUGAUGCACAGAAAGAAAAACUCCUCUCCUCCGUCCGCUACGGGAAGCUCAAAAGAAACCUGGGUCCGGCUCUGAGCAGAACCAUCUACCAGCUGUACUGUACCAAAGGAGCGUUGUCAUAGAAGCGCUGAUGUUUUCUGUGUGAAAGACAAAAAGCUCAAUUCCCUCAAGAUAUGAACACGUUCCAACAAUAUUUGUUGCUGCUUUAUAUGAAUAUAAUUCUUUGAAAUUAAAGAUGCUGUUUCCAUUAUUGUAACAUUAUGGUAUUUUGUAUAAAGAAUUUCACGAAUGCACCCUUGUUCUGCAUCAAUAAAAUGUAUUUUAUUAUGAA